ACGGCCGCCGAAACUGAAACCCGUUUCCCCUUAGAUCGCCCACAAGCUCAUCAAUUGACUCAGUCGAUUUUUUGCUAGCAUGUGAUUGGCCGUCCCAGCUGUCACUCCAUGAGAGCCAGAACUUGCCCACCAGUGUUUUUGUAAGUUAGCCAGUGCCCGUGUUCAUCAGCCACUGUAAGUUGAUAAAAUGUUGGAUGCUUAUUUUGCCUUGUUCGCAUAAAUUAGAUGGAUUUUAAAUCUUAUUUAACAUAAUAUUUGAAUCUGUGCCUGUGUGCGCGUGUAUGUCCCCCCCCUCCACUGAACUCAAGCCAACGGGUCCCCCUCAUCUCUGAACUGUAAAUUUCGUCCAUGAGUGCUAUGUAAGAAAAAAACACGGUAGGAAAUAGUUUACUUGUUUCAGACAUGCUUAAUAGGUUACAUUAAGGAGCAAUAAAAUAAUUAAUUUAAUUGUACGCUGCAUUAAAAAGACUUAUUUAAAGCAUUGCUGUAGCACGUGUCAGGAUUGUACAUUGCACACAGCGAUUUUGUAACAAGGCAGUGGCCAGUCACUCAUACAGUAUAUACAUCAUACCUGGGCAACUAGGGCAACACUUGAAUUGCGCCUGUUGCAUCACCUUUUGGAGAGGAAAAAUAAGUUUGCAUGGAGUUUGCAAUGCCUUAAGCUGGCGUGUGGACGAGCCAGCAUAUGCGUUUUGUGUUCAUUUUGACAUUUGUCUGAUUUAGUUGUUUUUUUUUUUUAUUUGUUUUGUUGUGAAUGUGUUCUUCUGGAGGAUGACGAGAAAUCCUUAUCUUUAUCUUCAGGUUAUUUGCAUACAAUUAAGUUCAACUUCCCUAAAAAAAUGAAUUUCGACCAAAUCCUUUCUGCCAUCGGCGGCUUUGGAAAAUUCCAGAAGAUUUUGUACAUUUGGAUAUGUUUACCCCAAGUCCUGCUGGCCUUCCACAUGAUGGUGAGCAUCUUCACUGGAGCCACACCAUCACAUCGGUGCCAGGGGAGCCCCAGCUUUGAAGUUUGGAAUCAGUCGCUGUCUGCCGCUCACGUCAGCCCUAACUUCAGUCUGGUGGAGUCUGCCUGCUUCUACUCAGACGUCAACCACACCCGGCUGAUCCCCUGUGGUCAGGGCUGGGUGUACAACCAGGAGACCUUCCAGAGCACUACAGUCACAGAGUGGGACCUUGUGUGCGACCGAGCGGGACUGAACACCCUGGGUUCAUCUAUCUACAUGUUUGGCCUGCUGGUGGGGUCGGUGGCCUUUGGAGCCAUGGCUGACAGAUAUGGCAGGAGGUUCGUGCUGCUGCUGUCCAUCGCUCUUCAGACGAUGUUUGGAGUCGCUGCUGCCUUUUCACCCAACUUUAUUGUUUAUGUGGUGCUUCGUUUCAUCGUCGGCGCCACCAUUUCUGGAGUCAUCAUCAACGCAUUUGUACUCGGCACGGAGUGGACGUGCACCAAGAGGCGUAUGUUGGCCGGCAUCAUCACGGACUUUGCUUUCGGUGCGGGCUACAUGCUGCUGUCGGGUGUUGCCUACCUGAUACGUGAUUGGAGGAAGUUGCAACUGGCUAUAUCAGCCCCUGGCUUCCUGCUCAUCUUCUAUAUAUGGGUCGUUCCUCACUCUGCCAGGUGGCUGUUGGCCAACGACAGACGGGCGGAGGCCAUCGCGCUCCUCCGCAAGGCAGCGCUUGUUAACGGCCGCGUCUUACCUCCUGCUGUUCAAGUGGAGAAGUGUUGCAUCGCUGGUGGAGAGAGGAGAACAUCCAAAGUAGUGGAUCUCAUCCAGACUCCUAAGAUGAGGAAGCGCACCCUCAUUUUGUUCUACCUUUGGUUUGUGAACAUGUUGGUCUAUUACUGCCUCUCGCUGGGCGUGUCCCGCUUGGGCACGGACCUCUACAUGACCCAGUUCGUGUUCGGAUUGGUGGAGAUUCCGGCGCGUUCUCUGGUGCUCAUCACCCUGCCCUUCAGUCGACGGCUCUCCCAGAGUGUUUUCAUGGCCUUGGGGGGGUUGGCCUGUCUGCUCAUGCUGGCUGUGCCCGCAGAUCAUCCCAAUGCCCUGACUGCAAUGGCUAUGGUGGGCAAAUUUGGAAUAACAGCCUCCUUAGCUGUCAUCUAUGUGUACACUGCUGAGAUCUUCCCAACGGCAAACAGGUAUAGGUGUGUCCAGUAUGUUUGCAAGGAUGGGGGGAGUGUUGGCCCCCGUUAUCAACAUGCUCCACAAUGUCACCCCCACCACACCACUGCUCAUCUUCGGGACCUCCCAACUCCUGGGUGCCGCCAUGGCCUUGGCGCUGCCCGAAACUGCAAACAGACCACUCCCUGACUCGGUGGAGGACGCAGAGAACUGGGACUUAAGGCGUCCGCCUCCCACCCAGGAGCAUCUUGCCACAUGUGAAGCCCCCGGCCCUGAUCAACAACAUCUACAACAUCUAGCAGGUCAGCACUGACCGUGUUCACAUGGUCAUGCAGAACGUAUGACCAACUACACAACACACACACACACACUUACACACAAUCCCUGUAUGACAUGCACUGGAGCAUGCUCACAUGCACACACACUUUGCACAAAGCAAAUCAACAGUUGCAGCCCCCGGAGGUACCAAGUGGCAGGAAAAGUCCAGGGUGACUACUCACUGCAGGCUUACAUGUUUCUCUCCCCUUUUUGAAGUGGAAAAUAAAACAAAUCAUUUGGGAAUAAAUCACUUUUCCCCCCACCCUUCUUUUUAAAUAGGAAAAAUAAAUGAAAUAUAAAAAUACAAUAAAUUGAAUAUAAAAUACAGCUAGGAAAAACACACUUUUACACUCCCCUUUUUGAAUUCUGAAUAAACAAAAAUGAAUAAUUAGGAAAGAAAAGAAUUGUCAGUCAAUUUUGACUUCUAGUGUCAGCAUAC